CUUAAAACUAUAUAAAAACAAGACAGUGCAUCUUUUCUUCUUCGUGGAAGAUUCAACUCAAUCAAAAGCAUUUGUUUUCUUCUUUUUUUACUCUAUCGAUUGGGUUCAUUUUUUUAUUAUCCGACGAUCAAGGAGCCUCCCUGCUCGAGCUAUGUUCAAGUUCUGGAAUUCACACGAGCAACAAGCUCAGCCACAUCCACAAGAGGGUUCUUCCUGUUCGUGGUAUCCGCCUUCUGUUGUUGGCUCCACUAAUUCUUCCCGACCCGCAACACCGAGUAGCAGUGCUUCUAACAGCUUCAACUCACAAAGGCCUGCAGAAUGGUCUCAUUCUCCGUCACCGGUUUCACCUGCUGAAGCUGCUGGAGUCAUUGCUCUUUUAAAAGACAAAAGUGUUGAUGAAUUACGGAAGCUUUUGUCUGAUAAGGAUGCGUACAAUCAGUUCUUACUAUCAGUUGAUCAAGUUAAAAUUCAAAACAAAAUACGAGAUGAACUCCGAAACGAGACUUUGCAGCUUGCUAGGAACAAUUUGGAUAAAGAACCACAAAUAAUGGAGCUAAGAAACCAGUGCAGGAUUAUCCGCACAACCGAAUUGGCUGCCGCUCAGGAAAAACUAAACGAGCUUGAUAGACAGAAAGAAGAAACUUUGAAGUUCUACUCCCCUGCAUCAUUUAUGCAUAGGCUUCAAGAUGCAAUGAAUGUGACGGAAGAAGAAUCAGAAAUUGUGAACAGGCAACUUCUUGACAGGGAAAUAGAUCUGGGUACCUUUGUACAAAAGUACAAGAAGCUUCGGAUUAGUUACCACCAGCGAGCUCUCAUUCAUCUCGCUGCUAAAACAUCUCCUAUCGGAUGAAACGGAGAUCGAUAAUUGAUUGUAUCUGUAUAAACUUGAUAUCGACAGAUUGUUGCUUGUUCUUGCUUGGCUUAUGAAAUCAUAUGUUUUGAACCUUUCAACUUUUUCCAAUAAAUACAAGUUUUGUA